AACAGCUUCCGAGAAAAGCCGGAAGAGAUCGGACCCUGGACAGAAUCCUGAGUUGCCAGCCCCUCCCCUGACCCCUACGGAAAGAGAACUACAAAGACUGUCCUGGCGAAGUCAAAACAUUUAUCCUGGCUUUGUCAGGUGAGGCUUUCCUUCCCCAUCGAGGCACAGUAACCAUCCAAACCCCCUUUAAUCUCCCAUGACUCCUCGCGUCCUCAAGCUCCGCCCCCUCUCCUCUGCCCCGCCCCGAAGUUUGAGGGGUGUGGAUGGUUUGUGACCCCCCUACCUCCCGACCCUCGCUUCUUCACCUGACCCUAAACCAUCACUGUCCCGGAGAGUCGGGCUUGGGCACUGCGACCGAAACCCGGAAGCUCCUCGGCUCGGGGGUGGGGUGGGGGGUGCUGAUGGACUCCACUGCCAAGGGAAUAGGACCUUUCAGACGCAGAACCUUCACCCCAGAAAAAAGCACGGUCGGGGACGACUCCCCACAGUGCGGUCAGGAUCGUCCACAGGCUGAGGAGAAAGCCGAGGCCUUGGUCAGACAGAUGCAGGUCCCCUAUCUGGCCCCUGCCCGCGGCAGUUCCUUGUGUCCUCCGCUUCCAUCUGUCUUUGCCACAGUUUCCUUUUGUGUACAUCACGGUUCCUGACACUAACCUGACCAACAGGGGUUAGUUAUGGGAGUGAGACGUAAUUGCUAUCAUUUGUUUAUUGAACAGUGUUAAUUAUUUUUGCUUCGAUGAUUUCACGUCUUCUUCAAAACAACCUUAUGAGCGUGGACCCAGUCAGCAGCCAGGCCAUGGAGCUCUCUGAUGUCACCCUCAUUGAGGGUGUGGGUAACGAGGUGAUGGUGGUAGCAGGCGUGGUGGCGCUGACUCUAGCCCUGGUCCUAGCCUGGCUCUCCACCUAUGUAGCAGACAGUGGUAACAACCAGCUGCUGGGCACCAUUGUGUCAGCAGGUGACACGUCUGUUCUCCACCUGGGCCAUGUGGACCAGCUGGUAAACCAAGGCACUCCAGAGCCAACCGAACACCCCCAUCCAUCAGGGGGCAAUGAUGACAAGGCUGAAGAGACCAGUGACAGUGGGGGAGACGCCACUGGAGAACCUGGAGCUAGGGGAGAGAUGGAGCCCAGCCUGGAGCAUCUCCUGGACAUCCAAGGCCUGCCUAAAAGGCAAGCAGGCCUGGGGAGCAGUCGCCCAGAAGCCCCGCUGGGGUUAGAUGAUGGCUCCUGCCUCUCUCCCAGCCCCAGCCUCAUCAAUGUUCGCCUCAAGUUCCUCAAUGACACCGAGGAGCUAGCUGUGGCCAGGCCAGAGGACACUGUGGGUACCCUAAAAAGCAAAUACUUCCCUGGACAAGAGAGCCAAAUGAAGUUGAUCUACCAGGGUCGGCUGCUGCAGGACCCAGCACGCACACUGAGUUCCCUGAACAUUACCAACAACUGCGUGAUCCACUGCCACCGCUCACCCCCAGGGGCAGCAGUUUCUGGCCCCUCAGCCUCCUUGACCCCAACCACUGAGCAAUCUAGCCUUGGUGUCAACGUGGGCAGCCUCAUGGUGCCUGUGUUUGUGGUGCUCUUGGGUGUGGUCUGGUACUUCCGUAUCAAUUACCGCCAGUUCUUCACUGGACCUGCCACUAUCUCCUUGGUUGGAGUCACAGUCUUCUUCAGCAUCCUGGUAUUUGGGAUGUAUGGAAGAUAAGGACAUCAGGAGACAAAGAAAGGCAUGGUCUUCCUCCUUCGUGGCCUCCCUCCUUUCCUGGCCAGAGCUGGGCCCAAGGACCUGGGAGGGAGGGAUAGGAAGGGUAUGGUGGGUACCCUGUCCAUAGGACCCAGGAAGCAGGUGUGUGGCCUCCCUUCAUGUCCAGAGGGUACAGAUAUCUCUGCAAGCACAACUCAGGUAGAAAUGAGGAUAUCAUCUUCCCUCUUUUGGAAUCCCAAAGUUCACAGGCCAAGAUCAGUGAGAAGCCUGGGCUCUGGGUCUUCCCUCCUGGCUGUGGCCCAGUCUCUUGCAUGUCUGUUCCCUAACCCCCAGGGUUGCUGCCAGGACAGCUCAGCAUGGCCUUAGCAUACUUCUGUAGGAAGCCUCAAGUACCUUCCACUCCUUAGAUGAGUGUGGACCUUUUGAAACUAAAUUCACAGGGAUGAAGACUGCCAGCCAGCCUUCCCUACAGCACCCAGCUGCCACCACCUCCUCCUUGUGCCCCUUGUAGCAGGAAUAGGAUAUUUUGCUUUCUUUUAAAGCACUUUGCUUGCUCUUUUUUUGUUUGUUUGUAAAUAGUCCUGUAUAGAGCUCAGUCAGGAAGGGGAGUGGGGCAGAAGGCCAAGCCCCCAGCAUUGAGGCCAGGCCACAGCUGCUGUUAUCCUAGGCCUCUAGACUGCAAGAGUACUGGCCCUAAUCCAGUGCCCUGCCCAGUUCCAAGGAUGAGCUCUGGGUAUAGACUGCCCUCCCCUAAGCCCUUAGAUGGUCAGUAUGAAUGAAUAAAAAUCCAUUUUGUGGCUAUGGAGCCUCUUUGUGACUGCUCUGCCCUCAGCAACAUGGCAAUGAGAGUGGGCAGGCCGGGCUACCAACGGGAAAUGCAGUUUAUUUACACCAGCAGCCAUGAGGGCAGAGGGGAAUACACAGCGUUUACAAAGUUAGCUACCUGUACAGGAUGGAUUACAUAUGCAAAAAUAAAAAUCUCAAGACCACA